CGAGACACAAUCACCACCACCACCACCACCACCAUCAAGUAGCUGCAGCAUACCACGAGCAACCUGACCCAUCACUACCGCCACUCACUGCCCUCAAGAGGCUCACAGAAGGGCUCUGUUAGCAUCUGCUAAGUAUACAUACCCAACAUCCACCCAACCACAACGCGGUAUUCUUCCCUCUACGCCCCACUCUCCUAGCCCACCCGCGUCACCCCACCCACUGCACCCCCGGACAUGCCCCGCGAACUCAUCUCCAUACAGGCAGGUCAAUGCGGCAAUCAAAUCGGAUCUCAAUUCUGGGAGUUCCUAUGUAAAGACCACGGAAUCGCCCAGGAUGGUACACUCGAGGACCAUGCAGUGGGGAUUGAUGCGGGGGAUAGAAAGGACGUAUUCUUUUACCAGGCCGAUGAUGAUCAUUACGUGCCCAGGGCGAUCCUGAUUGAUAUGGAGCCCAGAGUCAUUGCAGGCAUUCGCUCAGGGCCAUACAAGAACCUCUAUAAUCCAGAGAACAUCUAUACCUCCAAAGAUGGAAGUGGAGCGGGUAACAAUUGGGCAUUAGGAUACGAGUCUGGAGAGAGGGUGGCAGAGGAGCUGGUGGACAUGAUUGAUCGAGAGGCAGAUGGAAGUGAUUCGCUAGAGGGCUUUCAAUUGAUCCACUCGAUAGCAGGAGGUACAGGUUCAGGACUAGGUUCCUUCCUGCUAGAGCGGCUCAAGGAACACUUCCCCAAGAAGAUCGUCCAAACCUACUCCGUCUUUCCAAACAAUGAAGAGACGUCCGAUGUAGUCGUGCAGCCCUACAAUUCCGUCUUGGCCAUCAAGCGACUGGUGCAAGAGGCAGACGCAGUCAUUGCACUCGACAAUGCUGCGCUGGCUAGGAUUGCGGCGGAUAGGCUGAAUAGCUCGGAUUCGAGUUAUAGCCAACAGAAUCAACUCGUGUCGACUGUGAUGGGGGCUGCAACUAGGACAUUGAGAUAUCCAGGCUACAUGAACAACGAUCUGACUGGCAUUCUGUCGGGCCUCAUCCCAACACCUCGCUGCCACUUCCUCAUGACAUCCUACACACCCUUCACAUCCGACACUGUCGACCGCGGCAAGAUGACCAUGAAGACAUCCGUCCUAGACGUGAUGCGUCGUCUCCUCCAGCCCAAGAAUCGCAUGGUCUCAAUCCAAGGCUCCUCUAAAUCCUCGUGCUACAUCUCCAUUCUCAACCUCAUCUCCGGCGAUGUAGAUCCCCGCGAGGUGCACAAGUCCCUUUUGCGGAUUCGUGAGCGAGAUCUAGCCACUUUCAUCCCCUGGGGUCCCGCCUCGAUUCAAGUCGCCCUAACAAAGAAGAGUCCCUUUGCCUCAAACACACACCGCGUCUCUGGUCUGAUGCUCGCAAAUCACACUGGAAUGGGUGCCCUGCUAAAACGAACCGUGAUGCAAUUCGAUCGUCUCAAGGGGAGGAAUGCCUUUUUGGGAGAAUACAAGAAGCAGAGGAUGUUCAAGGAUAACUUUGAUGAAUUUGAUGAGGCGAGGGAAUGUGUAGUUGAUUUGAUGAAUGAAUACAAGGCGGCGGAGAAUGAGGACUACAUUACUGGGGGACAAGAUUGAGGGAGAGGAACGAGAGGAGGGAGAGGCGAGCUUGUGAGCUUGUGAGCUUGUGAGCUUGUGAGCUUGUGAGCUCUUAGCGAGAGAGGGACAAGGGAGAGGACCACGGCCGCUUUCACUUCCUCGUGUAGACACUUUUUCGAUUCUGAUGUAAUUGUACCACGUAUUUCCCACCCUUUG